UGUUGCUGAUGAUGCGGAUGAAGAGGAGGAGGAGGAAGCUGUUGCUGUUUAUGUAGAUUAUGGGGAGGAUGAGGAGGAGGAAGCUGUUGCUGAUGAUGUAGAUGAAUUGGAGGAUGAGGAGGAGGAGGAAGCUGUUGCUGAGAAUGUAGAUGAAGUGGAGGAUGAGGAGGAGGCAGAGGUCGAAGCACAAGUUGUAGAGGAGAAUGAGGAGCUGGAGAUGCAGGAUUUUGAGGAUGUAGAGGUUGAGGCUGAGGAGGUUAGGUCUUUUUCUGGCGAGUCUCCUGAGGUGUCUAGUGAGUUCUCCGGGUAUGACACCACAAGCUCUGAGGAUGAAGAUGAUGAAGAGGAGGACCACCUUCCACCACAUCUGCAGUCCACCCAGAGGAUUUCCCCCGACUUAAGAUUCCCAUGGAACCACGAGGAGCCAGAGGAGUCCCCGGAGUGCCAAGAGGUCCACGUCUCCAGGAAGAGGAGAAGAGAGGAAGACGAGGAAGAUGAUGAAGACGAGGACCACCUUCCACCACAUCUGCGGUCCACCCAGAGGAUUUCCCCCGUCUUAAGAUUCCCAUGGAACCACGAGGAGCCAGAGGAGUGCCAAGAAGACCGCGUCUCCAGGAGGAGGAGAAGAGAGGAAGAUCCUGAAGAGGAGCUCCCUGGGAAGAGGCCAUGUCAUGAGAGGGAUGUUUGAGAAAAUCAUAUCAUCAAGAACCUUCCUUUAACUCCUUCAACUACUUCUAAUGAUGAAGAGAAGAUGAGGAUUUAGCAGAGGAACCAAACCUUCACCAUCUUCCUUUGGAUCAUCUUGUAAGAGAAGCUGGAUGUAUUUUCUUGCUGAUUUGAUGAUGAGUGAAGGUGGAAAGGCUGAAAGACUGGAAACAGUCACACAUAGAUAGAAUUUAUUGAUGGUUUUUACAUCUGGCAGGUCUAGGGAUGCCUUAGGUAGCGACUUGCUCCGUGGCUUUUCUUUACCCCGCUGCUAGAUUUAGUUUCUUAGAUGUUAAGGAGUCUGGCAGGUCUAGGGAUGCCUUAGGUGGCGACUUGCUCCAUGGCUUUUCUUUACCCCGCUGCUAGAUUUUGAUAUAAGUUUUAGAUGUUAAGAUUUUCCUUUAGCACAGACAUCUGAGCAGACUCUAAGGACUUGAGAGACCCAGAGACCAGUUCAUCAGUUGAAAUGGUCUCUGUGAUGUUGGUUAGAAGGCAAAGAGAUGAUACUUGGUGGGAAUACUUGAUUGCAAACCAGUUUGAGGCAGAGGACUGCUUUCAGCUGUGAAUUGAUCUAGUUCUAGAUGUUCUAGAUGUUCCUCUGGUCAGUUAGUUUUCAGGCCUAGUUUGAGGGAAAGAAACCUCCAUAUGUUCAAGGCCUAUUCUGACCGCAGUGGAUCUCUUCUGUUUUUUGAAUCCUAUGUUGGACCGAGCCGCUACAAGGUUUGGGCCUUCAGAAGAUGCUGAUGAGAUCUACAGCGACCUAACCAGAGGAGGAUCACCUGAUCUGCUGACCUUUACAAAAAGUGAGAGCAUGUCCAGUAUGGAGAAACAAUAAUCCAUCAUUAAAGUCAACAUUUCAGGUUGCCUCACUUAGUUUUUUCAUGUCUGUUCAGAUACCUUGGACGUCCAAAAGCAGAGCUCCUGUGAGGAACCGGGACAUCCAGGAUGGUGAGGAGUUUCCCUGUCCCCACCUGAGGACGGGACAGAGAAAGACUGGAACAGAAAACAUGUGGAGGAAAGCGGGUUGAACAUGGAAGCAGUGUUCUAGCAGCCGGAUAGCAUUGGAACAGAGUCCAUCCACACGUGUUUGGAGGAGCUGAAGAAGAAGAUGGAGUACAUAGACCGCUAAGGAGGAGAAACAUGGCUCCUCUAUUUGUCUCCAGCAUUCUGGUGUCCUGGACUGAAAGACGGUGAAGACCCUGCAGCUAAACCAUCAGUCUGCUACACCCAGUGAGAGAAGCUUCUCCUUGGACCGGAGCCUCUGUUUGUUGGACGUCUGCUGUCUCGUUAAAGACCCACUCGGCCACAGUGGAAGGGCGCUGACAUGGAACUUCCUGCUUCCUGCUUAAAGCUAGUUUUCCUCUGCUGUCACCGCUUCAUUGCUCAGGAGGAGGGACUGCUGCAAAAUGAACGAUUGGAUGUGAUUGGCUGAGCUUCCUUGGAUUAAAGACGUUCCUCUAAACGCCAUAUUAAACUGGAUUUAUCUUUAUGAUGUUGUAAAUAGGAUCUAACCAGAUGUCUGUGAUUAAUUUGAUAUUGUUUGUGUUGAUUUCUGUUACUUGUUUCUGUAUUAAAGCUGUCAUGUUAAUUGCCUUUAGAUUACAUUUCCUUCUGUUUUACAAGACUGAAUUAUAAUAAAUCCCCCUACCGGGUCUGUUUCUGUUAAAGUAUGAUUCUGUCACCUGUUAUUUCUCACUAUAAUAAAGGUUUGAUGCAUGUUGCGUGAACAAGAUCUGUUUGUCUUUUUUGUAAAUUUGUUCUUUAUAAAUAAACCAAACUGAAGUCAA